UCUCUCUCUCUCUCUCAUGUCUUAUCCUUCAAUUUUCAGGCAACAUUUUUAAGGCAUCCCACAAUCUUGGUCAUACUACUUUCACCCACUGAUGACAACAGCCAUGGCUGGUUCUCUCUCCCUCGUAUCAGCAAUUUCAUCAAACCACCAAACAUUUCCCAGUUUUAGUAGGAAAACAUCAGCUUCUCUGCUGAACAUAAGAGCAAUGGCUAAAGACCUUUACUUGAACCGUGAUGGUUCUGCUACGAAGAAGCUCCUGGCAGGGGUUGAUUUGGUGGCAAAUUUGGUUGGAGUGACGUUGGGUCCAAAGGGUAGGAAUGUGGUGUUGCAAAACAAAUAUGGCCCUCCCAAAAUUGUCAAUGAUGGCGAAACUGUUCUCAAAGAGAUAGAGCUGGAAGACCCACUGGAAAAUGUCGGAGUGAAAUUGGUGAGACAGGCUGGAGCAAAGACAAAUGAUCUCGCUGGUGAUGGUUGCACUACCUCAAUUGUGCUUGCUCGAGGUCUGAUCGCUGAAGGUGCGAAGGUUACUGCAGCAGGCAUGAAUCCCAUUCAGAUCUCCAGAGGCAUCGAGAAAACUGCAAAGGCCCUUAUUUCUGAACUCAAACUGAUGUCCAGAGAGGUUGAGGAUCAUGAGCUUGCAGAUGUUGCUGCCGUAAGCGCAGGGAACGAUUAUGCAGUAGGAAACAUGAUUUCUGAAGCUCUUCAACGAGUGGGGAGAAGGGGUUUUGUCACAAUUGAGAAAGGAAAUUGUGCAGAAAAUGCUUUGAAGAUUGUAGAAGGAAUGCAGUUUGAUCGCGGAUACUUAUCCCCGUACUUUGUAACUGAUCGACGAAAAAUGAUAGUGGAGUUCCACGAUUGCAAGUUACUUCUUGUCGACGGAAAAAUCACAAACCCAAAGGAGAUGUUUAAAUUACUGGACAGUGCUGUCAAAGAAGAGUACCCAAUUGUGAUUGUUGCAGAGGGCAUUGAGCAGGAAGCUCUGGCUCCAGUAAUUAGGAACAAACUCAGGGGCGUGCUGAAGGCAGCUGCUAUAAAAGCUCCUGCCUUUGGCGAGCGCAAGAGCCACUACUUAGAUGACAUUGCUACCUUGACUGGAGGGACUGUAAUCAGGGAUGAAAUGGGUUUCACCCUAGAAAGGGCUGGAAAAGAGGUACUAGGUACUGCUACAAAAGUGGUGAUAACUAAGGAUUCUACCUUGAUUGUAACUGAUGGGAGCACUCAACCGGCUGUUAAGCAGAGGGUUUCUCAGCUCCAAAAUCUUGUCAAGAACACAGAAGAAAAUUUUCAGAAGAAAAUACUGAAUGAGCGAAUAGCGAGGCUAUCUGGAGGAAUUGCCAUUCUUCAGGUAGGAGCGCAAACACAAGUAGAACUGAAGGAUAAACAGUUGAGGAUUGAAGAUGCUCUGAAUGCGACUAAGGUCGCAGCUAUUGAAGAAGGCAUUGUAGUUGGUGGUGGUUGUAGCCUUUUGAGGCUCUCUCUAAAAGUUGAACAAGUAAAAGAACAACUAGACAAUGAAGAGCAGAAGAUUGGAGCUGAGAUCUUCAAAAGAGCUUUGACAUAUCCAAUAAAGCAAAUAGCCAGAAAUUCUGGUGUAAAUGGCAACGUCGUCAUAGAGAAGGUUCUUUCCCAUGAUGAGCCAACUUAUGGGUACAAUGCUGCAAGAGACAGUUAUGAGGAUUUAAUGGCUGCUGGAAUAAUUGAUCCAUCAAAGGUAGUUAGAUGUUGUUUGGAGCAUGCCACAUCUGUUGCCAGGACAUUUUUGACAGCUGAUGCUGUCGUUGUUGACAUCAAGGAACCACUGCCCCCGCUGCCCCCCCUUCGGACAAGAAAACCAAUGCCAACCUCUGGUGUUGGACCCAUCCCCCCAUCAGCUUUUAGUUUCUGAAUGGAAAUCUUUUGCCAUCAGAUUCUCUCUCUUCAAACUCCGGGCAUGCAUUUCAGACAUGGAAGGAAUUAUGCAGGGACUUGGAUUUUAGAUAGAGGAAACUCAAGCAUUGAUCAUCAUUUGUGGUUCUGAUGACUGAAACUAGGCUUGCGAGAGUAGCAUUUUACAUGAUGUUCCAUGGUAUCAAAUUGAUCUGGCAGCCCAUUGAAGAAACAAGAAGUUGGCUGCAUUUUUCCGGGAAAAAGAAGCUAGCAUUGUGACGAGGACUGAAAGCAAGGUGUUGUAGAUGUUAAACUCAUUUUUGAAUGGGGAAGUCUCAUGCUUCCUACGAUAGUGCUCUACGACCAAAUGAUAAUCUCUCAUUGUAUCAAAUUCAAAACCACUCUGUAAAGCCAGAAGGAUAAACUUAACCAAAUGUUUUUGGUCAUGUUAAUGCCAGUUUUUACGAUUCAUCAAUAAAACUAAGCUUGGUACUUGAUAAGUUUCCUGUAGUUUAUCUUCAA